AUGGCCAAGUUGGAACUGGAUAUGGCAUAUGAAGGGGACAUCUUGUUGUUGGAGGACAGGAAUGCUGUGAAACAACUGUGGGCGGAUGGCGUUGUCCCUUACACAAUCGCUGCAGAACUAGGUCCUCGGAAGGGAGAUAUUGCAGCUGCCUUCAGCAUGAUUAGCGACGCCUCCUGCAUUCACUUUAAGGAGCAUACUAAUGAAUUGAAUUACCUGAGAAUUGUUGAUGGCAAAGGCUGUGCGUCUCAUGUGGGUUGUGUCGGUGGAGCCCAGCCACUGUAUUUUGCGGGAAUGUGUUCUGUGGGAAACCUUUGCCAUGAGCUCAUGCAUGCUAUAGGGUUGUAUCAUGAACACACACGCCAGGACCGUGAUGGCUAUGUCACAGUAAUCUGGGAUACUAUCAAACCAGGCAAAGAGGGCAACUUUGACUUGAAGGAGGGGGACACCCAGAAUCUGCCGUAUGACUUUGGGUCAAUAAUGCACUAUGGCACAUCCUUCUUCAGUAAAGAUGGAAGUCCAACUAUCGUGCCUAAACAGGAGGGUGUCAAUCUAGGCCAGAGGAAACGUCUGAGUCAGUUGGACACAGAAAGACUGAACAAACUUUACAGAUGUGGUAAAAGCUGA